AUGGGGAAGUUGUGGCUAUGGGUUGCUCUGUUUCUUGUACUGAAACACCAGGAAGGUGCUGCCUACAAGCUGGUAUGUUAUUUCACCAACUGGGCACCUGGACGCCCUGAAUCUGCCUCCAUCUUCCCCCUUGACCUGGACCCCUUUCUCUGCACCCACCUGAUAUUUGCCUUUGCCUCAAUGAGCAACAAUCAGAUUGUUCCCGAGACUCUCCAAGAUGAAAAAAUUCUCUACCCACAGUUCAACAAACUCAAGGAGAGGAACAGGGAGCUGAAAACACUGCUGUCCAUCGGAGGGUGGAACUUUGGCACAUUGAGGUUCACCUCUAUGCUGCACACAUUCGACAACCGUGAAAAGUUUAUUAAUUCAGCUAUAUCCCUCCUGAGGACACACAACUUUGAUGGUCUCGACCUUUUCUUCUUAUACCCUGGACUGAGGAACAGCCCCACGCAUGACCGAUGGAAGUUUCUUUUCUUAAUUGAAGAGCUCCUCAGUGCCUUCCAGAAGGAGGCCCUGCUCACCAAUCGUCCGAGGCUGCUGCUCUCUGCUGCAGUGUCUGGUGCCCCACACAUCAUCCAAACAUCUUAUGAUGUAAACCUUCUAGGGAGACUCCUGGAUUUUAUCAAUGUCUUGUCUUAUGACUUUCAUGGAAGCUGGGAAAAGUUCACAGGACACCAUAGCCCCCUGUACUCUUUUCCUGAGGACCCGAAAUCUUCGGCAUAUGCUAUGAAUUACUGGCGGAACCUUGGGGCACCUUCAGAGAAGCUCAUGAUGGGGUUCCCCACCUAUGGGCGCACCUUUCGCCUCCUCGAACCCUCUGACAAUGGGUUGCAGGCUAUAGCAACAGGACCAGCGUCUCCAGGGAAGUACACCAAGCAAGCUGGCAUCUUGGCUUAUUAUGAGAUUUGCUCCUUUCUUGAGAAAGCAAGAAAGGACUGGAUUGGCUAUCAGCAUGUCCCGUAUGCCUACAAAGGGAAGGAGUGGGUUGGCUAUGACGACAUCAGGAGCUUCCAGGAGAAGGCAAAGUUUGUGAAGGCAGAGCUUUUUGGGGGGGCCAUGGUGUGGACAGUGGACAUGGAUGACGUCAAGGGAGCUUUCUGUGGCAGUGGCCCUUUUCCCCUUUUAUACACAUUGAAUUACCUCCUGCUGCAAGACGAGGUCAGCUCAACUCCUUUACCACAGUUUGGGUUCUCAUCUGCUAUGAAUUCUUCAGUAUCUGAUUCUGAAAGGCUGGCUGUGACAAAAGCAUUGAGCACUGAUAUUAUUAACAUUCCCACCCCCACCCCAGGAAGAAAAGCUGAGUCUCCUGAAGUCCAUGGAAAGCAUAAAAAUAUAACUUCAGUUCCUGGAGGUGGAGUCAUGACCCUUGGGAGGGAAACAGUAUCCUUUGGAAAUCACACUGUAGCUCUACGGGGCACUGAGGUCCCUGGGGCAAGGACUAUGACUUCAGUGGACCAUCAGUCUGUGACCACUGCAGGGACAACAGAAGCCCUUGAGCAUUUUCAGACAGAGACCCUCAGUAAGAUAAUGGCCCAUAAUAUGAAGUCUGUGUUCCCUGAGAAAGUUACUGUCCCCACCAGAAAGAUGUCAGUCACCUAUAAUGGGCAAACUGUGACUCAACAAGGGGUGAAUUUGAGUUCGUAUGGGAACUGCCCCAGGGCGGGUGAAAUUGGUCUGAAGAGGGAAGUUGAAAAUAAGAUCCUCCCAACACACACUCCUCUUACUUCUGACAACCCCUUUAUGCCCACUGAAGGGAACCAUUCCUAUGUCAACUAACAACCCUUCCAACAAGUGCUCUCUCUAUGAAAGAAGAAAACACUCCUGUGGAUCAAGGAGCCUAAGCUCUGUGGAUGGCAAACUGGAGCAAGCCCUUGUCUUUUCUUCUUCUCUGUGUGAUAUGAUAGAAGCUGCUUGAUCAUGGUUGCUCAUGGGGUGAAGUAGGCACCAAAGCCAC